UCUAGACUAAUUUUUUUUAUCAUUAAUAUGUAGGAUUUCAAAUAUGGAAGAUGUGAAAAUUAAUCAGAAGGAAUAUCUAAAAAAGUAUCUUUCAAAGAAGGACGAUGGGAAGAAGAAGAAAAAGAGAAAAAUUAAAGUUGGAGUAAAAACUGUGCAGAUAAUCGAUGAUGAUAUAGACCUUAAAAAGUUAAUACCAGUUGACGAUGAUGAAAUUUCAAUUUUCAAUACAACAGAGGACGCGCCUCAAAUUGUUGGUAUAAUCGACGAGCGCGGACCAAUAGAUUUUGCUGAUAAGCAACGAUGGAAAGUUAUAGCUGACGAUGGUACUGGAGAUAUUCAAAUUAAAAAAGUAGAACAGUUCAAAAGAGUUAUGCAAGAUAAUAAUGAUUAUAAUGAUAUUACAAGUAAAAAGAAGUCCCUCGCCAAAAAGACUAAGACGGACAAGAAUAAUUUAAAACGCAAAUCUUCUGCAAAAAAGAAGAAAAAGCGUAGUAAUCGUAGCAGUAGUAGUUCUGGAGCUGAAAGUGAUUGCAAAGUCAAUAGAAAGUCAGGAAAGAAAAAAACGAAAAAAACCUCAAAAAAAAGAAAAAAAAAUAAAAAACAUGACAGUAGCUCUAUUGAUUCUAGUUCAGAUUCUGAUUCUGAUUCUGAUUCCAGUUUGGAAACAGAUUCGGACAUAAGUGUUUCCAGAUCGAUGAAAAAAAAGAAAAAACUGUCAAAAAAGAAGAAGGAAUCCAAUGACUCGGAUCUAAGUCCACCUAGGCGAAUUAACACAGAUAAAUUAUCAAAUAGAAAAAGAAAAAAUAGUGAUUCAGAUUUAAGUCCUCCUCGUUCUAGGAAAGAUAUGAAAAAGUUAUUAAAUAAUGAAAUGCCUAGCAGUGACUCUGACAUAAGUCCACCAAGGUCAAAUAAAACUACUGAAAUAUUAGACAGGAGGAAAAUAAAUGAUUCAGAUCACCAUGAAUAUUUUAAUAAAUAUAAUGAAUUUGAUGUUCAUGCUGAACCAGUUAGAAAAAGAUCCAAGAUUGAAAAUAAGAUUGAUUUAGAUCAAAAUACAGAUAAAAUAUCAAAAUCGAGGUAUAAUAAAAACUCUGACAAAUAUGACUCGGAUUUAAGUCCGCCAAGGCAUUCUAAAUCAAAGUAUAGUAAAAAUUUGGACAAAUAUGACUCAGAUUUAAAUCCACCAAGGCAUUCGGAAUCAAAGCAUAAUAGAAACUUAGAUAAAUACGACUCAGAUUUAAGUCCAUCUAAGAAUUCAAAAUCGAAGAAUGGUAGAAGAUCUGAUAAAUAUGAUUCAGAUUUGAGUCCGCCAAGGAAUACAGAGUCAAAGAACGAUAGGAGACCUGAUAAAUAUGAUUCUGAUUUGAGUCCACAACGAAGUUCAAGACACGAUAAACACAUAGAUAAAUACAAUUCUAAUCAUAGUCAACAAAGAAAUUCUAAUUCACAAUAUACGUAUUUACAAAGAAAUGAAGCUAAUUAUUCUUCACAGCGUAAAUAUUCAUCGAAAUAUUCGAAAGAUUCAAGUAAACGUGAUUCUAAUUUAAGCCCACAAAGAAAUUAUUCGAACCAAAGACCAAAAGUAUCUCGAUGGGACGAAGAGAAAAAACCAUCAAGUAAGGAGAAACAUAAAAAGGAAAAUAGAAAAAUUAAGAAAACGUUAGAUGGCACAUCCGCUGGCUUACAAAAUUUGAAAUCUCUUAAAGAAGAAGAAGAGGCACAGAAGAAACGAGAAGCCGAAAUGAUGAAAAAUAUGGGAAGAGAAGUCAGUGGUUAUGGGCAAACAACUAUUGUACGUGACAAGAGAACCGGAAGGAAAAGAGAUCUUGGGAAGGAAGCUGCCGAUAGACGAGAAAAGCAAAAAACACAAGAUGAAAUAAAUGAAAAAUAUUCCAAAUGGGGCAAAGGUUUGAAGCAAAUGGCGGAUAAAAAUGAUAAAUUGAAAAGCGAUUUGCACGAGAUGAAUAAACCUCUUGCAAGGUAUGCAGACGAUGAAGAUUUAGAUCGUGAACUUCGUGCACGUGACAGAGAUGACGAUCCUAUGCUGGCUUAUAUAAAAGAGAAAGAGAUUAAAGAGGGGAAAAGAGCACCAGAAAAACCAAAGUACGAGGGAUCGUAUAUGCCAAAUAGAUUUGGCAUUAAACCUGGAUAUCGCUGGGAUGGGGUUGACCGUAGUAAUGGUUAUGAGAAAAAGUGGUUCGAAGCACGCAAUACAAAGAAAGCCAUUGAAGAAGAGGCUUAUAAAUGGAGCACAGCCGAUAUGUAAAAUUUUAAAUAGGGAUUCCACUUUCUAAGCAAACUAUAUAUAUACAUAAACAUACACAAUGGUAUCUUCAUUCAACUCUUAAGAAGAUCCUUAUUGAAUCCAGAAAUUAUAUUAAAUGUGAUUAGAAAUAUGCUGAAUAUCUAACUCUAAUUAUCCAUGCUACAUGGGUCUUUAGAUACGCAUCUUAAUCUUUAAAUAAUAUUUCAUUGUCUUUGUUAAUACAAAUUGUCAGUCAUUAAAAGUUUUCCAAUAUAACAACAAUAGGCAUGGAGCUUCCUCUCAAAGCAAGUACUACGAGUAUACAACUUGUACACACUAUACAUGGUGUAUUCAUUUUCAAUAAAGUACAUUUCGUUAAGUUGAAACAAUUGAACAUGAUGAAAUAUUAUGUACUAGCUAGCGGGUGAAAAGAAUGACGGUGACAUUAUAGUAGAAUUAUCUUGAUAGCUUAUCGACUAUUCCUCUGGCUUUAAUAAUCCAUAUUUAACUACAAUAAGAGUUAAGCUAAAUUAAUUUACUAUUCAUAGGGAACAGUAUUUUUUCUUUGGUCGUUAAAAUGGCUACUUGUGACGAACAGUAAUUCUUCUAAAAGAAUCGCUCAAUCUUAGGAUUGAUGUAAUAAGCAUUUUGUGUGAUUAUCCGUAUACGUGCCGAGUUUAUUACUUCAAAUCCGAAUGAACUUGUAAUUAAUCAAGAAAAUUAAGCAUCUCUUGAGAGUGUUAGAACCUUUUCUCGAUGACUAUUCACUUCCAUUCGCAAUGACGACAUCGAACUUUUCAUUUAAGCAAAUUCAAAUUUUUAUUAUAAAAUGAAGAGUAAAAUACAUU